CACAGCAUCAAUUUUCCGGAUUGAUUGCUCACUGAAGGAUGUCCACCAAAGCUAACUUUAGAAUGCGAGCGGACUUUAUGACUGUGGAUCAACGCCUGGAGGGUGUAACUGAUCCAUUUAUUCGAUCAUCUGUCCAUCAUGCACAGCAGAAGAUGGACAGCAUCAUAGAGGAGGCAUUGAAGAACACGGUGAAAUUAGACUUUGAUUACCAGUCUGUGGCGAUCCACAACGACCGGGCGAAAAAGAAAAAUGGGACACAAGAUGACAUGAAGGCCCUCCAACUUCCCCCAAUCAGCCCUGGCCAGAAAAUCGUCCUAAACCACCCUGGGGGAGCAGCCAUCGAAGAUAAAAACGGUGUUCUCCUGGCGAUAAGGUUGCCGGCUGUAUUUGAACAAAUCCAUGAUCAUAUCGUCCAAGCAGGUCAUGACCUCAGCCACGAGUACAAGUACCCCCGGCCCAAAUUCCGCACAAAGUUCAAGCGCACCCCCCACGACCUGUUCAAGUCAGGUCAACUGCAUUAUGCCUACUGGCAUGCACUAGGACUAACACACUUGCGCCCUGUCAUAAGCUUUGAUGCCAAGAGGCAGGUUGAGACCCACAAGAAAUUCCAGAAACGCUGCGAUGCAUUCUAUCAUAUACUAAACAUGUACACGGAGCGGCUCGCUCCCAACUUCGCACGACGCAGCCGUGAAGUUUGGAACAAGAUCCGGAGAAAGCACGACCGAAGAAAGGGGUACCUUAGUGAGGUCAAGUCCCAUUUCUUCGGACAAGCCAUUCGGUUCAACGCGGACACUGAAUUCCACCGUGAUUCAGCAUCAUGCUGGUGUGGAUUCGAUGCCGUGGCAGGAUUUGGAAGAUAUGAGGGUGGAAUUAUGCAUGAUGCAACCUCAUGGGAAGGGCAAGGGAGGAUGGUCUUCGCCUUGUUUUCCGACCGGCGUGUUUUUACACGUGAACGCAUCCCUAGACCUAGGGACAUAGGAAGGCCCUACCGGAAGCAUCAGUAUAGGAAGUUCAGGCAAAUGCAUCCCUGCUCACAGCCUGAACCCUCCUUACAAACAUCCAAAAAAAGGAAGCGUACAGACAGCAACGAAGCCUCAAGGAAGAGAAGGGUGGUGUCGUCAUGAUGUACUUACCUACAUCAUUAUUUAAUUUUUUGGUUUGAUU